AUGGUGAUAAAUGUCGUUGGAUGUUCUUCUAAGCGUUGUGAUAUUCUUAGAGAAAAGCAAGAUGCUAUUAUUUCUAAAGCACUCAAGUGUGGUGAAAUUUCAAGUGGAAGAUGGCUAAAUCAAGAAACCAAUCAUAAACGUCCCAGUGAUACUUGUUGGGGUUCACAUUAUGCUACAUUGGUAAGCUUGAUUAACUUAUUCUCCCCUAUAACUAAUGUUCUUCAAAUAAUAGUAGACGAUGGCCAAGCAAACUCUGAACAAAGGUUUGAAGCAAGUAAUUUAUUGUCUUUGAUGUUAACAUUUGAUUUUAUAUUCAAUCUACAUUUAAUGAAAGCAUUGUUGGGAAUAACAAAUGAAUUGUCAAAAGCACUACAGAGAAAAGAUCAAGAUAUUGCAAAUGCCAUGAAAUUAGUGGAAAUUUGCAAGAAAAGAUUACAAGCAAUGAGAGACAAUGAAUGGGAUUCCUUUCUUAAUCAAGUCUCAACCUUUUGUGCUAAAUAUAAUGUGGAUGUUCCUGAUAUGGAUGAUACAUUUGUUGCCCAAGGUCGAUCACAGCGGAAAACUCAAGAAAUGACAAAUUUACAUCACUAUCGUGUGGAAUUCUUUUUUGUUGUUAUUGAUAUCCAACUUCAAGAGCUAAAUGAACGUUUCAAUGAGGUAAACACCGAACUACUUCUUUGUUUAGCUUCUUUGUGCCCUGGUGAUUCAUUUGUAGCUUUUGACAAAAAAAAGUUGGUCCGAUUUGCUGAGUAUUAUCCCAAAGACUUUUCUACUUUUGAGCUUAUGAUACUCGAUGAUCAACUUGAAACUUACAUUAUUGAUGUACGUACUACUGAGAAGUUCUUGGGUUUGAAAAGUAUUGGAGAUCUUGCUCAAAAAAUGGUCGAGACAAAGAAAAAUAGUGUCUAUCCACUGGUGUAUCGACUUAUUACAUUGGCAUUGAUUCUACCUGUUGUUACUGCUACGAUGGAAAGAGUAUUUUCUUCUGUGAAUAUUUUGAAAAAUAGAUUGCGUAAUCGAAUGGGAGAUCAAUGGAUGAAUGAUUGUUUACUUGUGUACAUUGAAAAAGACAUUUUCAAUAGCCUUGACAAUGAAGUUAUUAUGCAACGAUUUCAAAACAUGAAAACCCGUCAAGGCAGAUUGUAA